AUGCUGAAGUGGACCGUGUCACGGUCGCUAUCGGCGGCAAGCUCGACCCCCCACGGGCCCGACAAAGCCGCCCGACGGCCCUUCCGCGACCUCUCCAACACGCCGCCAGCGACCUCGGGCUCAUCCAGAAGCGCCUCCUCCUCCUGCCACGUAACGACCAACGGUAACGUCCCAGCAUCGGAGGCAGCGACGAGCGCCGGCACCGGCAGCAGACGGCCCGUAAUCAAACGCACGCCCUCGAGACGACGGAGGUGCAGGAGUCACGGCAGCGAUCUCAGGGGCUACUUUCAGGUGAGUGCCCCGGCUACGACAAUGUCCACGACGGCCCACGAGAUACAGCAGCCAGGGUUAACCGGCCUAAUGAAUCUCGACGAUUCUGUCCUGGGUACGACGAAGCCGAGCGCUCGCUCGGCCAAGCGGCAGUCGGGCUCGCCGCACCUCGAGAGCUUCUACCAGAGCACGCCACGAGUGGACGCGGACAUCGGGCCGCUGACUCUCGUGGGCCGGAGGCAGCUGGGCCAGACCCUACCGACAGACCCACAGGCACUGCUGCUCAUCGGUGCCACGGAGCUACCGCGGAGUCUCAUCGGCGACGCGCGCACCGCCAAGCUCCAGUCCCACGUCUCGGACUUCUUUCAUCAGAUCAGCUUGGCAACCAGUCCCGAGGACGUCAUGGAGUCCGAGGCUCUGCCGCUCACUCACGGCUAUAGCCGCAGAUCGACUAACGCCUGCCUGUCCAAGCUGACGAGGUUCGCCAAGCUUCAGGCCAGGUGCAAGACGCCCCACAAUGUCAAGGCCAAGAGCCUCGAGGCCGUAGGGGCCGGUGUCCCCUUCGGCCAGACGCCGCUAGCCGGAAAACUCCUGGAUCUGAGGCUCGAUCAGAACUCGCCCAAGUGCCACGGCAUGGACAAUCAUGUGGCCGAGACGUUAGACAGGGAACAAGAGGUGAACUAUGGCGCGAGGAGUGUCGCGGAGAUUCUUCUAAAAGACUCGGAGGAACGUCAAAAGAUCCUCGAAUCGAAGCUGGAAGCCGCAGCUCAGAGUCACACGGUCGAUCUCGAUAAGGCCAGCGAGGAGGUAAAUAAGCUUGGCGCAACGCUACCCGAGAGUCUUGACGAAGACCUGGAGGAAGCUAAAGCGCUCCACAAUGAUAGCAGCGUCUCCUCGGCGAGUCAGCUACUGGAGAACCCCUCGCCCGUCUCCUGGGCCUUCUGCUCACCCUCGUCCGACCUCGACAGUGAGUUCACGCUGAAACGGCAGCGCGCCAUCAGACGCAAACGCCAGGCCAACAACGGCGAGCCCAACGGACCCGUUAACGGGAGCAAACGCAUGAAACGAGACAAGCUGCCCUUCAUCGAGGCUGUCAAUCGUCACGUCAAGAGAUUAGCCCUCGAAACGGAUCUGGAUAUCUCCGCUGCUGAUGCCAAGAGCAAGGGUGAGCCAAUGAUCGAGAAUUUAGAGAACAUCGUCGAGAGUGUUCCCGACGUCGAAGACAUUCCCCAAGUCGAAGCUAUCCCGAUGAUUGAGAGCCUUCCACAAAUUAUUGGACUUCCAGAGGUCGACGCAACCAAGAUGACUUUUGCGAACGCGGGGCAACUGAACUACAGCGAUACGAUGACGUGCGAGCAGCGUCCGUUCCUCGAAUCCUUGGCCUGUCGGAAGCGCAAGGAACUGACGCUGAGUGGCGCCUGGGACACGGACAGUCCCAAAUCGUCACUCAUCGACUCGUUCACGACGACCAAUACCUCGACCGCGUGCACACCCGAGGCGCCUCUUGUUGCGACGGUGAGGCGCUGCCUCAAGUACAGUCCGGAGACACCCGGUGCCGAGUGCUCGAGAAGCGGCUACCUGCUCCCUGCUAACAGGGGCUCUAUCGAGAUCGAGUGCUCGGCGCUCAAUGACCACAUACACGUCAAGAUUAUAAAGUGCAAGGAUCUGCGGAGGGCGUACGAGGGCCCGAUCCACGCCUACGUGAAGGCAAGCAUCAAGGACCCGCGUAGUGGCGAAGGCUGCGUGAAAAGGACAGCGGUGCACCGGGCGACACCGAACCCCAUCUUCCAGGAGACCCUCGUGUUGCCUUGCCUGCCAGCGAGCAACGACAACUGCGCGGCCAGGCAGAUCUCGCUCGACAUCGCCGUUUGGCAUCGUGAUCGCAGAGCAAGGCGCAGCGAACUGCUGGGCUGCAUGACUCUGCCGCUGCCACUUUCUCAGGAUAAGGAAGCAUCAUGGCACCCGCUGGAUGCAGGCUCCGGCCGAAAUACGAGUGCAGCCCAGGAGGUGGGGGCCGGGGGCCGAGGUUCGGUCGCCUCGCCACCCCUCUCCAAGGACACCGGCGACGAGGCUCCAGAUAACAACAAUAGCGCCGGUGGUGACGAGCUCGCCUACCUACGUCACCUCGAGCUCGAGCCCCUCGACCCGCUCACGGGGCUACCGCUCCACCCGGGAUUUACGGCGAGAGGCGGUAGGACGCCCUGCACCGUCACCAGGAGGCUCGCUAGACCCGCCGCUAAUGCUAAUCAGGUGCCGUGGGGCUUCUCGCUCUCAUGGGGCAGACCGCCGCGAGUGGAGCGGGUCGAUCCCGUGAGCCCGGCGGAGCGUUCGGGCCUGAGGCCGGGCGACUACGUCGUCUUUGUCGAGUCGACGAACGUGGUGACGCAGCCACGCGAGGAUGUACUCGAGCUCAUCCAGGCAGCGACGUGCCAGCUCGUCCUGGAGGUCUACCGGCGUAGCGGCCAGGGACAGAACCCGGGUACGGGCGCCGUCGCGGCACCUAGCCUACGUCGACCGAGCUCCAUCAACUCGACGAGCCUCCAGUCGUCCCAGCACCGAGCCAUCGCUUUCACCGCCGAGGCCUUCCCCAACCUGGCGGUUGACGCGACGCCGGAGGAGGAGCUGAUCGUACGGGAGGCGCGCUAUUGGGCUUGCAUGAGGAGUGGCCAAAAGCGCUUCUCCGGGCCGUUAGGUGAGCGCCGAGACGUCCUCUCGGCCACCGACCACAUGAUCCUCUUCCAGAACCUCGACGAGCUUAUUAAGCUCUCGGAAGAGGUCCGCGAGGAGGGCGGUAUACCCGAGAGCUACCUGAACCGGAUACCCCGCAUCAUCGCUGCCUACCGUAGGUAUUUUAGCGGAUUGCAGCGCGCCUGUUGCCUCCUAGUGGCUCUGCGCAAGAACGCGGCCUUUGCGAAAAUCGUAUGCGAGCCGGCCGUACCCAGGAGGCGGAGACCCGACCUCACUGGCCUGCUCCUGCAGCCCCUUGAGCACUACAGGGAAAUGACACGACUGCUGUCUCAGGCCUGCCCGCGUAACUGCCAAGGUGUGCGUGACCUCGCCCACGGCUACAGAGAGGCGACGGCGAACGCUGCGGUGAUGGAGCCGCCGCGCGACAACGGCAGGCCGCUACUAAGCUUACAGGAGGUCGAGAGCAGGCUCGUCUUCGCGAGGUGCAAGCCCUUCGCCCUCGCCAUCCCCGGCAGACAAUGGCUGUUCGGCGGGGCGCUGGCGAAGGUCGAAGGUCGGGCUCGGGUCCAGGCGACGUGGGCCCUCCUGCUGAGCGACCUCCUCGUGUUCGCCCGUGUCUCACGCGACCGAGUCCUCUUCGUCACGGAGGAGCCCCUGCGGCUGGCCUGCAUCGCCGAGGCCUGCUUCACGGUGCGCAAGCACCCGACGGAGUUCCGGCUGCAGGUGACGACUCAGCCGAGCGCGCAGACCGGGAAUUCCGUAGGCAGUACGACGGAGCUUGUCCAGUGCACGGGUAUAGUAGGGGGUGGUGGUGGUGGAAGUGGCAGCGGCAGUGGCAGCGGUGGCGGCGGCGGCGGAGGCGGCGGCGGCGGCAGCAGCGGUGGUGGCGUUGGGGGCGGCUGCAGCCCUCAUAGCAGACCGAGACGACGGGUUCUGAUAUUGCGGGCGCCCAGCCCCGAGCUCAAGGCCGUCUGGCACAACCUUCUGCAACGACAAAUAAUAUACGUGAAUACGAUUUCCGGCAAUGGCGAAGACGCGAUACCGGGUAUCGACAGUCCCGACGACGAGGAGAGUCCGACCAUCCUGACCAAUCAUCUAGGCAAGCGUGACGCGCAGCACGAAAUCGUCGACAGUCCCGAGGUACGUUUGUCACUACUCGUCCACUCAUCGUCACGAUUGUUGGAUGAAUAUUUUGCAAUCUAUGCUUUGACUGCUCAGCAUUGUAGAUCGACGCAGCAACUGCAAGUGGAUAAAGGCAGGUCGGGCGAGAGUUUGGACUCGAUGCUGGAGAGGUCUAAUCAGCAGCAGGACAAUCAUUUGGCUCAGUGGGUGCGCAAUUCGCAUCAAAUACCACCCCCGGAUCACGAAGUGCCCAUCGAGGAAUGGACACCGGAGGAACUCGCCGCCAGAACCCCUAAAGAAACUGCAGCUUGCAAUGUAUCCGAAGUGGUAGAAGAAAAUACAUUGGUGACUUCGGACGUGGAGCAACACAGCACCGCAUCCAGCGCUAGUUUAAGCACCGUCAAGUCCAAUAGUUUAACGCAAAAGAAGAACGGCAGCAUCGUAUCAUCCAAGGACACGGCGUCAAGCUCAAUGAACAUAUGCAGAAAGUGUCACAGGUCUGGCUGUCCGACGCCGCUAUCGCCGCCGCCGCCGCCGCCGCCGCCGCCACCACUACCGCCCUCACUGGUGCGCGACCCAUUCGCACCUCUGCCCCCGAAGAUCGCGGUAUUGCCGCCCACCCCGGAUCUUUGCUCGAAGCACAGGCCGCGCAACAGCCUCUACGACAGCCCGAGUCGAUGCUUCUCCGCGGACGGCAACACCGAGGACGGUAGUGAGGACGACCUAGAAUGCGACGUCGACCCACCUUACAGAGCCCUGAGGAGAUUCGGGACGAUGAGCAGUCUCGACCAGGAUGACGAGCUGGACGAGCAAACUGUGGCGGAGGAGGAGACGGGACACGAGGUCGAGUCGCCGCCGGCCUCGGGUCUACGGGCGUGGACACUGCGCGCGGGAAGCUACGUCGUCAGCAAAAUGUCGAUACUCGAGCACUUCGGGGAGGGUUGCCUCCUGCAACCGCCCGCCCCGCCCGAGCGCACCGAAUCCUCGCUCGAUCCCUGCAGCAACGCCGACGAGGAGGGCACGACGUCGGGCGGCACCUCCGGCGAUGACAUCUGGGGCACGCCGACCUCCGGCGGCCCCGACGACGAGAGCUUCGCCGGCAGUCCGCCGCCGUCGAACAACGGUACCACCAACGGCUCCGGCUGCCCAACCUACGAGGACGAUCAGGAACAGGCAGAAUCCGAGGGCGAGAGCGAGGAAUGCACAGGUCUUCCCGAGCUAAGCAUGGAACACCUCCUCGGGGGCUCGAUCCCCGUCGGCAGCUCCUGCGGCAUGGGACCGCUCCGCUCGUUUCUCGGACGGCGGCGCCUCGAGCCACUGCCCGAGGAAGAGGAUUGCAUCUCAGUUGGUAGCGGCGUCGCGGAGUCACAGCGCCAGGUCGGCUGGUGGUGACAUCGGUUUCCCACCGCGGGCACCACGGCUUUCGGCCGCGAGGACGAGGAGUUCCGGCGCAAGAUCCUCGACCUGCAUCGCAAGCUCUCGAACGUGGACGAGGAGACGGCGGCCACGAGAGGCGAGCUACGCCAGUCGGCGAUCGGAUCACGGGGUCUGAGGGAUCUCGAGCUGCUGAGGAGGAGAGCCGACGGCCCGGGAUCCGGGGAGGAAUCGCCGGCGCCGAGGAGGAAGAGGGUCGAGUUCGAGGACGCGAAACUGCGUGACACCUCGUCCGAGUCGAGUUUCCUCGAUAAGCUGCGGGCGCGAAAGCGCGGCAUCAAACUCCUGAGUUUCCUAGGCUCGAGGAGUCAAGAGGUCGGGCGGGCCCGGGAGGAGCGAGCCGCGAGGCUCCUGAAAAUCUACGGCUCGGAAAAGAGCGAAACGACGUCUUUACCAUCGUCGCCGCCCCCCUCAAAGUCCGUGCCCAACACCAUUGCCAUUCAUCACAGGUCCAGGGACCGCCGAUUCUGGAAGCUGAGGAACCGGAGGCGCUCGAGUUCGACUUGAGUCCUGGUCACGCUUAGCCUUGGCUAUUGCAAAUUUCUAUAUUCUGGCCACGGAU